GCUCGGAGCUGAGCCGAGGUAGGACUGUGGCUGUCCUGGCACCAGGAGCUGGACCUGGGCUUCUCCACUCCCCUCCCCUCCGCGGGGGGAUGCGGCUCCCGGAAAGUGAAUUAUACCUUAAUGUAAUACCGGUUGUAUACUACGCAUGGAAACUGUUAAAGUUUAUAAUGUCAAAAACUUUUCAUAGACCAAAGGUAUCUUCCACAAAGGUAACCGACUGGGUAGAUCCAUCAUUUGAUGAUUUCUCAGAGAAUAUAGGCAUCUCUGCUGUUACUGCCACAUCACUAAGUGUUAAUAACUCAAGUCAUAGAAAAAAAAAUGUGCCUUCCACAUUAAAAAGUGGCAAAUUUCCAACUCAAAAUAAAGGGAAACUGUCUUCUUCAGAACAGAGUUAUGGGCUGGAAAAUUCAAAGGAGUAUCUAUCUGAAAAUGAGCCAUGGGUGGAUAAAUAUAAACCGGAAACUCAGUAUGAACUUGCUGUGCAUAAAAAGAAAAUUGAAGAAGUUGAAACCUGGUUAAAAACUGAAGUCGUAGAAAGGCAGCCAAAAAAGGGUGGAUCUAUUUUACUAAUAACAGGUCCUCCUGGAUGUGGAAAAACAACAACUAUAAAAAUUUUAUCAAAGGAACUUAGUAUUCAAGUACAAGAGUGGACUAAUCCAAUUUUAGCAAACUUCCAAAAAGAUGAAUUCAAGGAGCUAUUUAAUUCUGAAUCUAGCUUCCAUCCCUAUCAGUCUCAGAUAGCAGUCUUUAAAGAGUUUCUAUUAAGAGCAACAAAGUAUAACAAGCUACAAAUGCUUGGAGAUGAUUUGAGAACUGAUAAGAAGAUAAUUCUGGUUGAAGAUUUACCUAACCAAUUUUAUCGAGAUUGUCAUUCUUUACAUGAUGUUCUAAGGACAUAUGUGCAAAUUGGUCGGUGUCCUCUAAUUUUUAUAAUCUCUGACAGUGUUAGUGGAGAUAAUAGUCAGAGGUUACUGUUUCCCAAAGAUAUACAAGAAGAAUGUGGUAUAUCAAACAUUAGUUUCAACCCUGUUGCACCAACAAUUAUGAUGAAAUUUCUUAACCGAAUAGUGACAGUUGAAGCUAAUAAGAAUAGAAGUAAAAUUAUCUUCCCUGAUAAAACGUCUUUAGAGUUGCUCUGUCAAGGAUGUUCUGGUGAUAUCAGAAGUGCAAUAAACAGCCUCCAGUUUUCUUCAUCAAAAGACUGCUUUUCUGAAGUCAUGCCUUCUGAAUACUUACUAUUUUUUAUAGGGGCUUCUUUAACAGAAUUAGACUCACCUCGAUUGCCUUCUCAUCUGUCAGAAUAUGAGCGGGAUACUUUACUUGUUCAACCUGAGGAAGUGGUAGAAAUGUCACACAUGCCUGGAGAGUUAUUCAAUUUAUAUCUUCACCAGAACUAUGUAGAUUUCUUCAUGGAUAUAGAUGAUCUUGUGAGAGCCAGUGAAUUUCUGAGUUUUGCAGAUAUCCUCAGUGGUGACUGGAAUACACGCUCUUUACUCAGGGAAUAUAGUACAUCUAUAGCUACAAGAGGUGUGAUACAUUCCAACAAAGUCCGAGGAUUUGCUCAUUCUCAAGGAGGAGGAUCAAGUUUUCGUCCCCUGCACAAGCCCCAGUGGUUUCUAAUAAGUAAAAAGUAUCGGGAAAAUUGCCUGGCAGCAAAAGCACUUUUUUCUGACUUCUGCUUACCAGCUUUAUGCCUCCAAACUCAAUUGUUGCCAUACCUUGCUUUGCUGACCAUUCCAAUGAGAAACCAAGCUCAGAUUUCUUUUAUACAAGAUAUUGGGAAACUUCCUCUGAAGCGACACUUUGGAAGGUUGAAAAUGGAAGCCCUCACUGACAGGGAGCAGGGAAUUAUAGACCCAGACAGUGGAGAUGAAGCACAACUUAAUGGAGAUCAGCCUGGAAAGGAAGCUCUGGGUGAAUGCACUCAAGCCACUGAACCGGCCUCAUCUCUUCCUUUGAGUCAGAAUAGUGGGAGUGAACUGCCUGCUAGUCAACCUCAGCCCUUUUCAGCCCAGGAAGACAUGGAGGAAGAAGACAUGAUCAUAGAAGACUAUGAGAGCGAUGGGACGUAGCCACUAGCUUGUCAGACACAGUACUAUUGACAAAUUCAUAUUAGUUUUAUUCAUUGGUACUUGAACAGAGAUAAUAUAUUUUUCAGAUGACUUACAGUAUAAUUAUUCACUUGUAACAUUUCAGCACAAUGAACUGACUCUACUGUCAUCUUGAAUUAGACAAGCCUUCAAAUAAUGUCUUAAUUUUUUUUCUCUAGUAUUUAUUUAGAAUUGUGAGUUAUAUUGGCAGAGAUCAGUGUGCAUGAAAUAUGUUAGAACAUUAUGCUACAUAGCAGAAAAUGUGAAGAAGGAAUUCAGAACAUAAAAACUUUGUGGGGUUUGUAAAUAUGCAUUAUAAAACAGGUUAGAAUACAAUUAUGAGUGUAAAUAAACUUGGUGCCUUAUUCAAUUCUCUGUGAUCUCUAGCCUCUCCAGUACCAUUUUAUAUGUUGUACAGUGGAAUACUGUAGAUACUUUUUGGAAAGUAUUUACAUAAUUU